AUGAAAAUUAAUGUGGAAAUUAAUCAUAAAGCUACGGGUACUAUAAAAUUCAUGAAAAUUGGAGUUAAGCCCAGAGACGUCAUCGGAGACAUAAGGAAUAAAAUUCCCGAUAUUAAUACCCAUUCUCGGUUAUAUUAUCUUGGCCAAGAAUUGGAAAACAAUCGAAAUCUCUCUGAUUAUAAUAUCCAAGAUGACUCAACGAUAACUUGUGAUGGAAUUUCUAUUUCUAACGUAGGAAGUGGCUCUGAUUAUGAUGCCCAAGGUGACUCGACGAAAACUAUUUCUAACACGUUGGAAAAAUACGAAAUUCAGAAUAAAUCUACGCUUCGUCUAGAAUUGAAGGUUAGAAGAGGAGGAUAG